AUGGGGGCAACAUUAGAUAUUUGGAAGUCACGUGACCAGUCAUUAAAUGGCAAGGUUAUUUUGAGCAAAGUAUUGGGGGAUACACAUUUACUCAUUGUGAUGGACUCUAUUUCAAUUCCGUCAAAAGAUAUUUUAAAAGCAAGAUCGACAUUGUUUGGUUUCCUUUGGAAUGGAAAGAGGCACCAUAUUAAAAGUAAUACUUUGACAGGGGACAGAAAUAACGGUGGAUUGCGCAUGGUCGACUUAGAGUUACAAAAUAAGGCUUUUAAACUUGCAUACAUGAUGCAUAUAAUAGAAACUGAUGCACCUUUGGGAAAUAUUCCAAAGAGUUAUUUUGAGAAAUAUGGGGGCCUAAAAUGUUUACUAAAAUGUAACUAUGACCCAUUUGUUGUAACCUCAGUAGAGACUGUGUAUCAUGUAGAGACAGGAGACACUGUGGUGUUAGAGUGCAGUUUAGACAACCAAGGAGCUGAUUUUCCAUAUGUCAUAGAGUGUACUAUUGAAAAUAUUCAAGCAGAUGAUGAUGGCUUCUAUGACUGUAGAAUUGGAUUCCUAAAUGGACAAAAUGACAAACUGAAAAAUAACACAUGGGUACAGCUGAUUGUCAGUGCUCCACCAACUUUCUCUGAAACCUCGCCUUCAAGGGUGACUUUCACACCUGGAAGUGAUAUGGUUUUGCAUUGCCAGGCAACAGGAAAUCCACCACCAUCAGUAUUGUGGAAGAAAGGUGGUACUGUAUUAGUGACAUCAUUAAGAACAACAGUGACUGCUAAUUCUUUGACUGUGCAUAAAGUUGGUCCUUCUGACAAUGGAGCAUAUACAUGUGCACCACACUUUGUGGUGAUGCCAGCUAAUUUAACAGUUAAUGAAAAUGCUGAAGCAAUAUUAGAAUGUGAAGCGGAAGGAUCACCAUCCAUAAUAACUUAUCAUUGGUUUAAAAAUGGCAAUGAGAUAGAAUCCUAUUCUAAUAUGAGAGAGCGAUUAGAGUAUUUAUUGGAUGGUACAUUAUUAAUACAUAGUGUACAACCGAGUGAUGAAGGAUGGUUUACAUGCAGACCGACUAAUGGUGUUGGAAACCCACCUGUAGCUACUGCUUAUUUACAAGUCUUAUUUGCUGCAUAUGUGGAUGAGAUGCCAGCACACACCUAUAUCCCAAUUGGAUUGAAAGGAACUAUUACAUGCAAUAUAAGGGCUAAUCCGCCAUUCACUGAGGUAGUUUGGACCAAGGAUUGGGUGCAGUUAGAUAAUUUAAAUGGUUACAAUAUAGUUGCUAAUGGUAAUUUGGUCAUAAUGGAAGUGGGAUUACAAAAUGAAGGACGAUAUACUUGUACGCCGUAUAAUAAUCUUGGCAGUCGUGGUGAAUCCCUGCCAACUAAUGUACAUGUAAGAGAUCCUCCUGUAUUUAUAACUAGACCAAGAUCUAUAUACCAAAGAGAGCUGGGUCAGCAAGUCACCUUCCAGUGUGCAGCUCAAGGAGAUCCCAAACCAACUAUUAAAUGGACGAAGGUAAAUGGUGACAUUCCUAUUGACAGAGCUUAUUCUCAAAAUGGCUAUCUUACAAUAUCUUACCUACACAAAGAGGAUCAUGGGAAAUAUGAAUGUCUGGCGGAGAAUGUUGUAGCUACUGUUGCUACAAGUACAAAUCUUAUUAUAGAAAGUAAGUACAAAGAGGAGAUUGGAGAUUUAAACUGGCCAGUGAUUUUGUGUUCAAUGUGUUUUCAAGAGUUGGGUGUUGCUAUUAGUAAAUGGUUUUUACUCUUAAUGUCAAUAACAUUUUCUCCAAUUGAAUUUUCAACAGGUAAACGCCCUGGUCCACCACAUAAUGUGUUAGUAAAUGAAACAAGAUCUGGAUUGAUUUUAUACUGGAGUAAGCCAGUUAAUACAGCCAAUGAGAUAGUAGGAUAUGUUGUGGAGUAUAAAGAAGUUGGUAAAGAGUGGGCAAUCUUAGAAGACGAUAUAGCUGCCAGUGAGUUGAUGUAUACAGCACAGAAUCUAUUGCCUGAUACACAUUACUCAUUUAGAAUAUUUGCAUUGACACAGACAGCGUUCAGUGAACCCAGUGAAGUGGUCAUAGCAUAUACUGGAGAUAUACCUGUAUAUUAUGGUCGUACUGGUUUCCCUACACCAAUCACAGCAGCCAUUGUCGGUGCUUUGUGUUUUCUGAUUGUCAUAUCCUUACUAUUUUCACUGGGUGUUUAUAGAGUUCAUAAAAAGAGAAAAGAAAAGAAACGUGUAACAUUUGAAACUGGAAAGCCAUCCACAAGACCACUGACUACUACAAAACCAAAAUCUCAAAGUUCAGCAGAAAAUAAGCAUCAAACCCGUCCCAAACUGCCAGAACUGAAGCCAGUCUUAGUCCCAUUUUUUGCAAGAUUAAAAAGAAGUUACAGUCGCCGCAAAAAAGCCAAACCAAAUGAGAAAAUGACUUCAAAUAAAGGUGUUACUGUGAGUGAAUCUUUAUUUGCCAGAAAAUCUAAAGUACCUGUGUAUAAAGUAGAGGUUGAUUAUACAAGUCCUAUCAGUCAGAUUAGUCGUACUAUUGAUGGUAAGUUUGUAUUGGGUCAAGACACACCAACUAUGUGUGCGACCAGCAGUGAAGAAUCUACAUACACUACCACUGAUAGUGAAACAACGGUUGAUUCCACUCAAGAAAUUGUAUAUCGUCGUGGUUUAUGUACAAGUAGUCCUGAAGACGUAAUUUAUAAGAAACCCUUUAUUGUGCCGAAUGUGAGAAAUGUGAAUCCCUGUGAUGAACCACGACAUCAUUCUGGUAUCAGUAUCAAGGAUAUUUGGAAAGCAAAAGCUGAAUUUGACAAGUUAAAUCAACUAUUUGAAACAAAUCAUUCUGAUCUGAAACAAAGUCCCAAGAAAACAGAUUCCCUUCCUCAGUUUUCUCGGCCAAGUGAAAUAUUAAGUGGCGAGACACAAGGACGAGCAAGAAGGCCUCAGACAGCAGAUAACUGGAGACCUAAUCAUUCAGCCAUGCAACUGUUGUCAAGGAGACCAUCACAAAGAACACCGAUUUAUUCUACAGCUAGCACCCCUUCUACAUUACGAGACAUCAGUUCCAUAUCAGGAACUCCACAACGGACAGUGAGUGUUGAAAUACACAGAAGCAAUGAAGAACCAAUGGAUAAGGGUGAAUAUGUCAGUAUAUGCCCACCACAACGAUUGGAAGAAAACUUAUUAAGUACACCACGUAGAAGGGGAGAAGAAACCCCCAUUGCACCAAUCAAACCAAUGAGAUAUAAUAUAACUCCAGUAGAUUCCUUAGAAACUCUUGUAGCAGAUCAUAAUUCAACCACAAAUCAACAAACAAUUAAAGAUUCUGACAUUACUUUAACCAAUCUACAAGACACUUCAUCAAAGUUACAAAUAAUUCGUGAUAUGCUUCCUAAAAUUGGAGAUUGCUCUUCUCAGAAUCGUAAUAGUAUUACAUCUAUGAGUAGUGGAAGGGGAAGCCGCACAACCACGCUGUCCAGAUCAUCGCGCGGUGGAUCAUUUAAACAACAAGAAUCGUCUUCACCAGGUGUGAGCAGUGGAAUUGGUAGUCGUACUGCAUCACACAGUACUAUGUCAUCACAUCAACGAUCUGCAUCAAUACCUAGUGAUCAAAUAAGCUUAGACUCUCCAUUCUCAGAUAGUCUAACUAUUUUUAGUUUGCAAAAAGAUGGUUCAAUUGAUGAAAAUUAUGAAUUUGAUAAGCCACCAGAAUCUGAACUCCUACAUGCAUUGAAACAAAUUCAAUGUAAAUCAUCAACCAUGAAACCCCAUUCCUUGAAAGAUGUGAAAUCAAGCAGUGACUUGAUGCCAAGACCCAGGUCAUCCCCACAAUAUGAAGAUAAUGAGGCAAGAUGCGCUAAACUAAAAGAGGAAUUUUUAGAAUUCCAAAAACAACAACAAACAGGUGGCUUGACUUCACAAAAGAAAAUCGGGAAACACUAUGAACAGACAACAAUGGUUUAA